AUGUGUUGGAAUGUUAGGGGCUUGAAUGCGCCUAACAAACAAAAUGAGGUAAAACUCAAAUGUAAUAAGGAAUCAAUUGGGAUGGUGGGACUUGUGGAGAAUAAAAUUAAGGUGACAAAAAUUGAUAAUGUGGCAAAUAUGUUGUUUGGGGGAUGGAAUUUCCUAACAAAUUUGGAGCAUCAUUAUAAUGGGAGGGUGUGGUUGACUUGGAGACCAGAUUUGUUCCAAAUCAAUCUAGUUAGUAGCAAUGCACAGGCUAUCACCUGUCAAGUGGUGCAUAAUGCUUUGCAAGCUACAUUUCUAUUAACUGUAGUAUAUGCGUUUAAUAGAAGGGGGGAGAGAAAAGCUUUGUGGAACUAUCUGGAGAUAGUGAGUACAGAGAAUUGUGGGUUGCUAGAACUGCCCACUAAAGGGAGUAGAUAUACUUGGAGUGAUAAACAGGGUAAUGAUAGAAUUUUCUCCAAAAUUGAUUGGGUGUUUGUGAACACUGAUUGGCUGAACAAUAUGCCAGCUUUUAGUGCUCAAGUUCUACCUGAAGGGAUAAGUGAUCACUGUCCAGUGAAGAUAGCUCCACUAGAUGACCCCAGAAGAGUUAGACAGCCUUUUCAAUAUUGUAAUGUGUGGUCAAGUCACCCCUCUUUCCUUGACAAUGUGAAUGAAGGCUGGCAUAGGUCAAUGGAAGGGUAUACUAUGAUGAAGGUUGUUAAGAGAAUAAAAUGGCUGAAAAGGGAUCUCAAUAGUUUGAAUGUGGAGCAUUUUAGAAACAUUCUGACAGAAGCUGAGGAAGAUAGAACUGCACUGCAUAAAAUUCAGCUGCAGUUGCAAGCCAAUCCCACUAAUGCAGAACUACAACACAAGGAAAGAGCACAGUAUAGUGAAUUUAAAAGAUCCUCUUAUCUUGCAGAAAUAUUCUUCCAACAAAGAAGCAAGGCUACUUAG